CUUUUAAUUUUCUAAACACUAACAGCAAAUUUAAUGUUAAAAAUGAUUAUAAAAAAUCGCAAAAAUCCUGUCAAUAGUCUUCCUCCUUCAUGGAAUUUUCUAAUUCUCUCAGAUAGAUCCCAGCCAUCAUUGACUUUAUGCAGAUGUAAUCAACACUAUAAAUAAGCAGCAUUACAACCCACAAUAACUCAAAGCAAUUCCUGCACUCUCACCAAAGCUAAUCUGUUCUUUCUUUGUAACGACGUGUUUGCUUCUCCAAAGCUAAUCUUCAUUCUUUGAACUUGAAAAAAAGAAUUUUCUCAAGCAGGAAAAAAUGGCUGGCAUGUCUAAGAUUGCAACUGGCAAUGGUCACGGUGAAAACUCUGCUUACUUCGAUGGAUGGAAGGCAUUCGAGAAAAAUCCUUUUCAUCUCACAGACAGACGAGAUGGAGUCAUUCAGAUGGGUCUUGCUGAGAAUCUGCUUUGCUUUGACUUCAUCGGAAAGUGGCUCAUGGAACACCCAGAAGCCUCCCUCUGCAAUGGAGAAGGUGUAAGCAAAUUCAAGGAGACAGCACUUUUCCAGGAUUACCAUGGAAUGCCCGAGUUCAGACGGGCUGUUGCAAAUUUUAUGGCGAAAGUGAGGGGAGAUAGAGUAGAAUUUGACCCAGACCGCAUUGUUAUGAGCGGUGGAGCAACCGGAGCUCAUGAGAUGGUUGCCUUUUGCUUGGCAGAUCCUGGUGAAGCAAUUCUGGUUCCCACUCCUUAUUACCCCGGAUUUGAUCGUGACUUGAGGUGGAGAACAGGCGUUGAACUUGUUCCAGUCAUUUGUGAGAGUUCCAAUAAUUUCAAGAUCACUAGAAAUGCCUUGGAAGCUGCAUAUGGAAAAGCACAAGAAGCUAACCUCAGAGUCAAGGGUUUGCUCAUAACCAAUCCAUCAAAUCCAUUGGGUACUAUCUUGGAUAGAGAGACUUUGAAGAGUAUUGUAAGCUUCAUAAACGAAAAGAACAUACACCUGAUCGGUGAUGAGAUUUACGCUGCCACAGUUUUCAUGGAGCCUGAGUUCGUUAGUAUUUCUGAGAUUAUAGAGGAAGUCGAAUGUAACCGUGAUCUCAUCCACAUUGUCUAUAGCCUUUCGAAGGAUAUGGGGUUCCCUGGCUUCAGGGUUGGCAUUGUCUACUCGUACAAUGAUGCAGUGGUGAGCUGUGCCCGCAAAAUGUCCAGCUUUGGACUGGUGUCCUCACAAACUCAGCAUUUAAUUGCAUCAAUGCUAUCUGAUGAUGGUUUUGUUGAUAACUUCAUUGUGAAAAGCAAAGAGCAGUUACUCAAAAGGCACAAGUAUUUCACUUGGCGUCUUUCUCAAGUUGGUAUUGGUUCUUUGAAGAGCAAUGCUGGCCUGUUUAUAUGGAUGGAUCUGCGUAAGCUCCUUAAAGAGAAGACAUUUGAAGCAGAAAUGGAUUUGUGGCAGGUGAUAAUCCAUGAAGUUAAGCUCAAUGUUUCCCCUGGUUCUUCUUUCCAUUGCCAUGAGCCAGGUUGGUUCAGGGUUUGCUUUGCUAACAUGGAUGAUAACACCAUGGAUGUUGCUUUGUCGAGAAUUAGAACCUUUAUGCUUAAUAACAAUGAGGCCGUGGUUCCUCCUAACAAACUAUGCAGGCGAAGCAGCCUUAAACUCAGCUUUUCUCGAAGAAAGGAUGAUUUCAUGUCACCUGGCAUCAUGUCUCCUCACUCUCCAUUACCUCAAUCACCCCUCGUCCGAACAAGGACUUGAGCUGAACGAUGGCUUUUCCCCACUACACACUACUACGAAAAGGUUGAAUCUUUCUUUCCUUUUUCCAAUUUAGAAACUUUACUUUUAGUUGGGUUUUGUAAAUUAGAGAAUAAUCUGCUGCAUUCUUUCUCAUGGAGAUAACCCAUGCAUGAUCCUUUUGGUGGAGGCUCUCCAUCACAUGGGACUCCAUGGAUUCAUGCAUCACUAUCCUGUUUCUUCAACAAUUGUAAUUUUUUGUCUUUCCUCAAAUGCAAAAGUGCAAAGUGAUCAGGAAAGUUCAAUGUUGGUUAGCACUGUCCUUGCACAUGUAUACCAUUGUUGGUUGUUUUCUUUGGUUUAUUAGAACACUGCCACAAAAAAUGUCUUAAGUUCUGAAUUUGUAACAUGGUGUACCCAUUCAAUGUGUAAAA